AUGGUGAACUCCUACAUCACCGCCUUCUCCAGCUCCAAGCCCCAAUCUUCAGAUGCAUCAAGCGCGUCCGCCGGGGUCGUUCCAAUUGGGGGAACCGGCCCCCAGCCAGCGCCGGAAUCUUCGGCGUCUACACCAGCGGGACCCCCACCUGGGUCAGCUCCAGAAGCCUCUGGACUUAGAGGUCCGGAGCCGGAGGCCGUCACGCCGCCACGACCCGAAGCCGCCCCCCAGGAGGAGGCUGCCAGACCCACCGCGGCGACCGAGGCACCGACAGCAGUGCUGGAUGUCGAGGUCGGGCCCUCUCCAGCUGAGCCAGCAGUAGAGGGCGCCGCUGCAACGGUGGAGGCUGCAGCGCCGGAGGCAGCGGAGGUGCCGGAGACACUGGCGCCAGAGGCCGCUGAGGUCGUCAGCACCGCCACUCCACCUGCGCAGGAGGAGGAACCGGAGGAGCUGGAGGCUGGCAUCCGCCGGGAAUGGGAGAAGCUGGAGGCGGAGCGUCUCCGACUCUCCGACUGGGAGAACCGCCUAGGGGACUGCAUCAAGUCCGUCACCACCCGCUACGCCGAUGAGCGCGCCAAGUUCAUGCAGGGGCACGAGCUCCUGCAAGAGCAACUAGCGGCCACAUGGCGGGAGAAGCACGCCACCGAGCGGGAGCUUGCGGCGGAGCUGAAGGUGCAGGUGGCAGCAGACAGGGAGCAGACCACCCUGGAGCUGGCUGACCAAGCCAAGAAGGUGGUGGCAGCGACCAAGGCGCAGGAGACUACUCUUGCAAAACUGGCGGCAGCCGCAGCGAAGAGAGAAGAAAGGCUUGCCGCCCGCGAAGCAGAGGAGGAGCACGAGGCGGCCCUCCAGGAGAAGGAGGCCAAGGUGGAGGAACUCCUGGCGGAGCGGAGUGCCAGCAUCGGCCAGAUCACAAGAUGGGUCGGUGCGGUGAACCCUCUGCUGGAAGCACUCAGAGCUAACCCCAUCCGGGUGACGGAGGCUCCAUCUCCACUUGGCGCCGCCCUCCAGGUGCUAGACUCCACCGCCGAGCGGCUGCGGGAUGUGGAGGCCAGCAUACAGGACCUCCUGGAGAUAGAAGGGCGAGCCGUUGCUCGGGGGAUGGCAGAGUACAUUCUCACCAGCUUCCGGAGCCACGACCCCGCCAUCCAACUGACUCCUAUCCUGGUUGGACCCCUCCGGGCAACGGCAGCCGCCGUGCAAGAAGGAGUCCGGGAGGUGGCCGACAUGGUUGUGGCCCGUAUCCGACGCCGCCCUGAACCUGCAUAG